AUGAAUAUCUUCAGGUUAUUAGCCGACUUUUCUCACCUCGCGUCCAUAUUCAUACUAUUACAGAAGAUGAAGUCUUCAAGUAGUUGUUCAGGACUUUCAUUCAAGUCCCAGGCGCUAUAUUUGAUGGUUUUUGUAACGCGUUAUCUUGAUUUGUUCUGGGCUUUCACGGACUCCUUUUACAACACAACUUUCAAAAUCUUGUUCAUCGGCUCGUCGGCUUACAUCAUUUACCUCAUGCUCAACGACUACAAGCCAACGCAUGACCCCAAUACUGAUACCUUCAAAGUGCAGUAUCUCCUAGGGUUUAGUGCUCUAUUGGCGCUCCUUUUCCCGCAUGAUUAUAGCGUCUCAGAGAUUCUCUGGACGUUCUCUAUAUGGCUCGAGUCCGUGGCUAUCUUGCCCCAACUUUUCAUGCUUCAGCGCACUGGGGAGGCAGACACCAUAACGACACAUUAUCUUUUCGCUUUGGGAUUGUAUCGCGCCCUUUACAUCCCUAAUUGGAUCUAUCGCUAUUUUGCAGAGAGUCACUUUCAACCCAUCCCUGUCGUAGCUGGUAUCGUCCAGACACUAUUAUAUUCGGAUUUCUUUUAUAUCUACUACACCAAGGUUAUGAAGGGCAAGAAGUUCUCAUUGCCUGUUUAA